CGGUAGAGUAGGUUUUAAAACUUAUUUGGGAAGUUGUGAUUUUUGGAGGGGAUAAGGGAUAUAUUUCAGUCAUCUUCCUGUGUGAAACCGUCCCGGUAAUGUUAGCCGUGGGGCAGAUGGACGGGUCUCGCCAGAGCGCUUUCCUCCUCAGCACCCCGCCACUAGCCGCUCUGCAUAGCAUGACCGAGAUGAAGACUCCUCUGUACCCCGCCGCUUAUCCGCUCUCUUCCAGUGGGCCUGCAUCUUCCACUUCUCCGACAGCUACCUCGCCAAACCCUGGCGGUAUCCCCGUCUCUUCUCCGGGAAUUAAAACCUCGUCUGCACUUUCCUCCGUCAUGUCACAUCACCACCAGUGCGCGGCUGCCACCCCGCACGGAAUAAACGACAUCCUGAGCCGGCCCACCGUGGUGGCCGCGCAGGCUGCUGCCGCCAUGGCUGCAUCCUCCUCCUCCGCUGGAAUUCUGUCCGGACUGCCCCGCUUCAGCAGCCUGAGCCCUCCACCUCCACCGGGCCUCUACUUCAGCCCGGGGGCCGCGGCUGUAGCCGUGGCUCGCUACCCGAAACCCCUGACAGACCUCCCCGGGAGGACCCCCAUCUUUUGGCCUGGAGUCAUGCAGAGUCCCCACUGGAGAGACGCAAGGUUCGCCUGUUCACCUCAUCAGAAUUCCGUUCUAUUGGACAAAGACGGAAAGAGGAAACAUACACGUCCCACGUUUUCAGGACAGCAGAUUUUUGCCCUGGAAAAGACUUUUGAGCAAACAAAAUACCUAGCAGGUCCAGAGAGAGCGCGGCUGGCCUACUCCCUGGGAAUGACAGAGAGCCAGGUCAAGGUAUGGUUUCAGAAUCGUAGGACAAAGUGGAGGAAAAAGCACGCCGCUGAGAUGGCCACCGCCAAGAAAAAGCAGGACUCCGAAACGGAGAGGCUAAAGGGAGUUUCAGAGAACGAAGAUGACGACGACGAUUACAACAAGCCCUUGGACCCCAACUCCGACGACGAGAAAAUCACGCAGCUACUGAAAAAACAUAAACCAAACUCUGGCCUCAUUAUCCACACCUCAGAGAACGAGAGUUCUUAGAGGCAGAAGAAGAUGGCGUCCUUUAGUCUUUUUUAAAAAUGAAGAUUUAUGUGAUGCACUGACUUGAGUAGGUUCCCAUUUUACACUACGUACGAAAUUCCAUUUGCACAUGGGACGGAGACCGGCUCAGAGGAAUAUGCAUUGUUUUUACAUGCCCGAGGAGUGUCGUGUGCACUCUGAAUGCAAUGUUGUACAGACGUUUCAACGCGAAGAAGACACUUGUUCUUGUAAAUACCAACGUGAGUUGUACUGAAUAGAAAUUAUAUUACUGUGAAUAUUUAUGUGUAAAUGACCAUUUUUGUACAGAACACACACGAGUCUAUUCAUCUCUGCCAUUGAAAACACGUUUUGGGAUUUGUAAUUUGUAUUAAUGCUUAUUUGUUUUUUCUUCUUCUGAGAAAGACAUUGUCCACAUUUUAAAAAUAUACCCUCACUAUUGUAACGACAGAUUGAGAAAACAGGCAUUUGAUCACAGCAUUAAUUUUUAACUGAUGGGUAGUUGACAGAAGGCCACAAAUUUCACUGUAAAUAAUUAGGUGAGAAAUGAAAACGGACGUGCAACAAGUAAAAUAUAUUUGUAAUAUAAAUGAAUUCCUCGCCCACUGUUAAGAUUUACUUUUCUCCUUCAUGAUCAACACUUAAUUUAUAUAAUAUUUUCAGUUUGUAACAGUGUUAUGACCCUGCAGAA